AUGGAUUGUUACCUCGGGAAGAUAUUAAGGCAUAAUGGCGAUUUUCUAGUUCGAACAACUGAGCCGGUUGCAGGACAACCCCGAGCAUUUGUACUAUCCGUUAUGUUCAAAGAGGAAUUUGAAGAUCAAGGAGUGAGCAAUGGUUUCAAUAACGCCCAAAGUUGUGUUGUAUGUCAGAAAGCCGAGAACACUACAAGAACAGGAACUUUUGGGCGCUGUUCCAAAAAGGCGCCCAAAAGUUUUGACGAGACACGUUAA